GCAGAGGGUGAGAGUGGAGGAGAGGGAAAAGACAGAGCGCUAGGCUAGAAAAAUGCGGGGCUCGUCCUAAAACCUGACGUCAGCAGCACGAGCUUUAAUAACAUCUCCAGUCCCAGUCCGAGACAGUUGUCCUCGCGGAGGAGAUGACAACUAGAAGAAGCAGAAUGCCUGAGACUUGUGCAGUGCAAAAUAUUUUGUUUUUAGAAAAGGAGUAAUUCUGGGUUCAAUGAAUUUAAAAUUCCUAACCAGUGAUGAGCUGGCUCCUGGUGUGGAUUCUUAUAGCAGCUGGGAUUCAAAAGGUUAAAGAAGGGAAGCUACAUGAAGACAACAAACUGUUAAUGUCAUGAUCAGUUGUUGUUGUGGCCUACUCCCAGACCCAGAAUCCCACUGCCAUGCUGCCCCUAACAGAACCCACAGACCUGGAGCCAUACAACCGGACCCAGUACUGCCACUGGCCCUGUGAGUGCCCCGCGGUCCUCCCCCCCUGCCCCGCAGGAGUGAGCCUGCUCAUGGACGGCUGUGACUGCUGCAAGGCCUGCGCCAGGCAGGUGGGGGAGGAGUGCAACGAGGCAGACACCUGUGACUACCAUAAGGGACUGUACUGCGACUACAGCACGGACAAGCCGAGGUACGAAAAAGGAGUGUGUGCAUAUAUGGUUGGCACAGGCUGCGAGCAUGAUGGUGUGAUCUACCGGAAUGGGCAGAGCUUUAAGCCCAGCUGUAAAUACCAGUGUCUGUGUGUGAACGGGGCCAUCGGGUGCGUGACCCUGUGUACGGACUCCCAGCCCCCCCGGGUGUGGUGCCAGAACCCAAGGAGGGUCAAGAUCCCCGGACGCUGCUGUGAACAGUGGAUCUGUGACGAGCCCAAGAAGGGGAGGAAGACUGCUCUAAGACAUGCAGUGGAGGAAUUGCAACGAGACCUGUCACCCUUGCACAACUUAACUAUCAAUCUUGAAGCUCUUCCUGCUGAGGCUCAGGGCCGGAGCAGGAACUGUGUGAUCCAGACCACCUCCUGGAGUAUCUGUUCUAAGACGUGUGGUCGAGGUCUGUCACUGCGCGUCUCCAACGCCAACGAGAGGUGUGAGAUGGUGAAAGAGUCCCGCCUCUGCAACAUACGGCCCUGUGGGGUGGACAUCACCAAGCACAUCAAGCCAGGGAAGAAGUGUCUGAACAUCUACAGAGAAGAACAGCCAAAAAACUUCACAAUCUCAGGCUGUGUCAGUAAGCAGCCUUACUGGCCUAAAUACUGUGGGGUGUGCAUGGUCACAGACAAUCGCUGCUGCAUUCCCUACAAGUCCAAGACCAUCGACGUGGAGUUUGUGUGUCCCAACGGGGCAGUGUUCACAUGGCAGGUCAUGUGGAUCAACGCCUGCUUCUGUAACCUCAGCUGCAGGAACCCCAACAACAUCUUCGCCGAGCUGGAGAAUUACUAUGGUUACCCUGAGAUCGUGAACUGAGACAUUUCAAUAAUUCGCCGUAAGCUUAUUAAGGGCUCUAUUCAGUCUGGAUCGCUGAAGCGUUACAGAUUGCACAAUAGACAUUAAAAGGUCAUUUCUGAUUGAGACGACAUAUGCAGUGGUUACGGUGAAUGCAGCCUUCGCUAACAAGAUAACAUUGCCUUUAAAUUUCAAUCACGCUGUAACACUGAACUUCGGUGAUACGGAGUAGAGCCCUAAACUUCCAUCUACCUACAUUUUGAUCUUCUUUUCCCUUCCUCAGUUUUUUUUUGUCAGAACUUCCGAAAAAUUGUUUUAUUUGACGUUGGUAUACAUAAAGGCAGGUAUUCAAUCCGAGGCGCGUUAUAGUGCAGAGCACCAUACAACAGACAGUCCGCCCUUUGAAGGCAUUUUCCCGGUGUCCACAGAUGUCAUUCAUGGUAAAUGCUCUGAUUGUCAGCUCAAGCCUACAUUUCCUUUACAAGCCUGUUAUAGUGUGCUGCUCUAUAUCUUGCAUUGGAUUGUAUCGAUUAGAUUGAAUCACACCCAAAGUAUUUUUCUUAUAAGGGGAUAUUUAAACGUGAGGAUUGUUUUUCAGAAUAUCUUUAUGGUCUGUAUAGGGUUGCUUUGGGAAUGAGUGUGAAAUAUUUUAGUUUUAAUUUAUUCAAUACUAAAUGAUUGAAAAAAUGUUGCCAUACAGGUAUUUUUUGAAAGUCACAAUAACAAGUUUCACGAAAUCUCGUCCACACUCAUGUAAAGAUUGGUUUGAUCACGUGGCUCUGAAUUGAAUGAUGAGUAAGAGAUGGCGUGAGAUGCUACUAUAGAAUGCAUGUACUAUAUACGGUUAAAUAUCCAUCUGUGGAAGUGUGGUGUCAUUCUUACAAGGUCACAUUCUACUUAUGAUCAUUGAAGUAAUCACAACACCAGGACAAAAAGUUAUAGGUUUUUAUUUAUUAAAUAAAUACAAAACUGUUAUGCCAUAUUUAAUGCUUCUCAUCUACAGCAUUAGGCAGUUGUGCAUCUUUAAAAAGCGAUGUAGGCCUGUGUUCUACAAAGCCGGCAAGUGUUGCUGUAGUGCACGUAAGAGUGGGAGGGUUUUUGAUACGUUCUAAGGAGAACUAUCCUCACAUUACAUUAUGUGGAUCUAUCGGCUUGACUCUCUCAAAUCCUUCACAACAAAAUAACUUUAAGUCAGAGAAGGUUUCCAUGGCACAUCAUAUUUGUUCUGCCGUGCUUGAUUGCAUAGAAAACAUUUACAUACACACACAAAAAAUAUCCAAAAUAUUUUUUUUUGCCUGAAGCCAUGAUCUAUUAAUAAAGCCAUAGGAUUAAAAGCUG